GACUCAGGACUGCUUUACUUUUUGGAUUCAUCGGAAUGUUUUGGAUCUUUUUACUUAUUUAAUCGUUUUUUACAUUUGUAAGAAAUAAAUUAGUUUUGACUUCUACGAUUUUAGGUCGCAUAUGAUUGAUAUGAAGGAAAAUAUGUUUUAUUGGUUCUUCUUAUCAGAAAUUACUGCAUGAAUCUGAUGAUGGUGACGAUCCUCAUCUCCCAGUCAGCGAUCGCAGUAUAAUUUGCUGUUCAGCUACUUACUGCAAGUACUGCGAAAAAUACCCCAUGCUUAUCCCCAUGCUUAUGUAUCUCCCAUGCUUAUGUAUCUCCCGAACUGGGCGAACUGAUUGUUUUUGUGGAUCUUUUUGUGGAAUAGACAUUGCCUAAUAUUUCCCUUCAGUUUUGAGCGUUUUGCUCAGUUGCAGGAGAAUGUUGGAGCCUCCGGAACGCUUAUAUAAUCCCCGAGAUUAUGUGGAAACGAACACCGGGAACAAGGUGUCGAAAAAGACCAUCUUAUGUGGAAGCCAGCAGAUUCUUUUAAGUGGCAAGUCAAUUCUGGAGCACGACUCGGUUAUCCGCGCUGAUUUAUCCACCGUAAAAAUUGGACGAUAUUUUGUUUUAUCGCAUGGCGCUAUCCUGAAACCGUCAUACAAACCAUUGGCGCGAGUACAGAGCACUCCACAGUCGGCUGCAGCUGUUCCCAUAAGUUUUAUGUAUUCAAGUUUGAAUAUUGGGGAUUUUGUAUAUAUCGGCGAGAAAAGUGUAGUGCAAGCCGCUUCCAUAGGGAGUCAUGUUUAUAUUGGACACAACUGUGUUGUGAGCCGAGGAUGCGUGCUGCGAGAUUGUAUUUCCAUAGCUGACAAUACAUUCGUCGCUCCUGAUACAAUAAUACCGCCUUUUACGAUUUUCGCGGGCAAUAUUGGUAAGGAAGUUGGCGAGCUACCGGACUGCACCGCUGAUCUCAUGGAGGAAUUUAUGACGACGAAUUAUGCCAAAUUUGUUUCUGGAACCCGCUCUUAAUGGCGUAUUUGCGGAAUUUUUUAUUUUUAGCGUUGAAUACAAAAUGUACAUAUCCCCGCUUGUGGUUUUUUAGAAGAUUAGAUUUUUUGUUUUUAUUUUUUUUGGUUUAUACUUGUGCCUUGUGGGAUUUGGAAAUGUAUCGACUGUACAUUUCUAAAAGAAGCUAAAAAAAAGCCAAAUGCGCUUUUCGGCGGUUAAAAAAAUUAAAAUUGCGCUGUUUGCGA